AUGUCUCCUCACACACGCCCUGCAGAUGUUCAAGAAGAGUUAGAGCAUGCUCAUCAACGAACUGGAUCACCUGGUGCAGCACCCCAAGCCCAGUACGAUCCGCAUGGUCACCAGACGCGCGUCCAAUUUCCACCGCCCAACAUUCGCCACAAGUCCGAGCGAGCUUCGUCCCCAACUGGCUCGGAAGCCUCAAGAGAACCUGACGAUGGACAUCCACCCUAUGUACAAGCUCAGGUGCCUCCAGAGUCGCAACCACGCCCACGACCACCCUCAUCUUCAGGCUCCGAUGGCUCUGUACCUAACCGCACCGUCACUCCGUCGACCUUGCAGCAGCCCAUCUGCCAUGUCUGUAACCUCGUCAUGACUGGACAGUUUGUUCGAGCGCUCGGCAAUGUCUAUCAUUUGGACUGCUUCCGGUGUCGGGACUGUGAUCGCCCUGUUGCGCAGAAGUUCUUCCCCAUAGAAGGAUCCGACGGCAGACAGCAACCACUUUGCGAACGAGAUUACUUCAGACGACUUAACCUUAUAUGUGGAAAGUGUGGAGAGGCACUGCGAGGAAGCUACAUCACGGCGUGCAACAAGAAAUUCCACGUAGAGCACUUCACGUGCUCGGUCUGCCCCACGCUCUUCGGGCAAUCAGAUUCAUAUUAUGAGCACGGGGGUGAUGUCUACUGUCACUUUCACUACUCAACACGGUUUGCGACGAAGUGUGUGGGCUGCGGGAGCGCGAUAUUGAAGCAAUUCGUGGAGAUCAACAGGAAUCAGCGAAAUGAGUGCUGGCAUCCGGAGUGUUACAUGAUCCAUCGAUUCUGGAACGUAAAGAUGACAUCCAGAUUACUUCCAUCCGAAGUCCCCCCAUUACCCCCCGAUCCGAACCCUGAUGGUUCUCCACCCGAAUUGCAACCUACGUAUCAGAAAGAGGAAGCGACCGAGACCGCUGUGUCAUUGCGGAAUAAACAGCGACAGAUGGAGCAGCAAGUAUACCGCAUAUGGAAUACCCUCUCCCAAUUUGAGGAAAGCUCGGCAACUUGCAUCCAAAAUAUGCUGAACAAUGUCGCCAAUGGCCACUGGCUGGAGGCGAUCCGAUUCGCAGAGAAGUUCAUUCUACAUGUGGAGGUGUUGUUUGCGGUAGUGGAUGAUCUGGAGGCGCAGUUCAUCAAGUUCAAUGCCAAGGGGAUGUCCCACAUUCGAGAAGCACGAAUGCUCUGCCGGAAAACUGUGGAUCUGUUUACCUUGUUGUCAAGAACAGAGCACACUGUAGAUCGUCGAAUGCGGUUUACGGAAGAGCUCCUGGCUGUUGUCACGGGUCUUGCGCAUUAUCUGAAGAUUCUGAUUCGGAUAGCGCUAACUGGAUCUCUGAAGCUGGAGCGCGAGUAUGAGGAUCGAAGCGCUGGCUCCAAUAUGCUGGACAAAUUGCAAACAUUGGUCCGAGAAGGCGCAAACCCUUCAGCACGACGAGCCACGCGCGCUACUGGCAGUGGCGCAACCCCUGGUACGCAAGGCGUUGUGUAUGGAUACAAGUGCCUUGCCCCGGAAUAUGCCGGGGAGAGUCCAUUCUCACCGAACGCGACUGAUUCACAACAAAUGGAUCCACCUAGCGACCUAUGCGUCGAAUGUAGCCAAACGGUCGAGGAGGAUUGCGUUCGUCUGGGGACUUACACACGGUGGCAUUCACAGUGCUUGAAGUGUGAGAGAUGCGGCAGAAAUGCUCUUGCAUCUCCGAAGAAGGAGAGCGCUGUUACCUCCGGCGAAGAAGGGGCACCUUCCAAGAUCUCGUCAAGCCGGAGGCCGCCCGCCUUGGUACAAGAAUUUGUAUAUCGGCCAGGGCAGAAGAAGCCCAAGCAGCUUGGUGAGCCCCAGCCGGCUGUUAUUCUGUGCAUCACCGAUCGUGAGCCCGACUGUCAAGUUGGGUUCGAGACCGUCACAAAACUGGAACAAUUUGCCUUUCUACUGAAUGUUGCGCUCCGGAGGCUGUACGACCUCCUGAGAAGGAAGGGAUGGAUGGCCCUGCCGAGUUCUUCAGCUGCUUCAGAUGCCUUCUCUGAAACCAAGUCUCUCUCUGAGUCGUACAGAGACUCCACAGAGAUUAUGCGACUCAAGUCUGUACAUUUGGAUCGCAAACUCUCGGCGACUGCAAGAUUGCCGAAACGUUCAACUAUCGUUGAGAGCCCCUCAGGAAGGAUCGCACAACCCACUGAUGCAACAUUCCAUUCUUCUGUUCCCCCACGUUCGCAACAGCCGGCAGAGUUGUCCCAACAACGGCCCCAACCACCUGUUUCUCACAGGCCUCAACCUCAACCCCACGCACCAAUACCAACCCGUGUUGCACCCCCACCAGCAGUGCUUGCGCAACAACAGUUACCUCAGCCCCCAUCAUUACCCGCGGGACGACUGCAGUCACCGUCACCGGGCCCUGUCACUGUUGGACCUGAUGGAAGCUCUAUCAUUCGACCGAACUUUGCGCGCAACAACACCUCUGUUCGUAUCAUUGCAGAAGCGGAUGACAGCUCAACAGCGGUGGAGAGCUCGACGGGUCGGGUUGCAACGAUUCAUGAAGCCCCCAAUGAGAAUGAUGGAUUCAAUGUUGAAGAGGAUGCCAUCACACUUGCCGAUAUUCCGCAUAUGAUGGAGGCGGAACAAGCCCGUGAGCAGCAGCGAUCGUUACCCCGGCAGGCCGGAAAGCCUAUGAUCUCGGAGCUGAGCUCGCUAGAGCUAAUGAUUCUCAAGCACUUCAGUGCUUUGGUGCUUAACAAGUCGCCGUUGCGAGACCAAUUCGAUCUCGAUGAGAUCCUUGAUCUGAUCGAAGUGAAGAAUAAAGGGUUGUUCACAAAGCUGUUCAAAGGAGAGAAGAAGAACGUUAAAAAGAAAGGCGCAUUUGGUGUGCCCCUCGAACUCCUGGUCGAAAAGGAGGGUGUGGAUUCUCUAUUAGGUGCAUCCCGAACAGCGUUGAGGGUUCCUAGCUUCAUUGAUGAUGUCGUGUCUGCCAUGAAGCAAAUGGAUAUGUCCGUGGAGGGUGUGUUUCGCAAGAACGGCAACAUUAGACGCCUAAAGGAGCUUGCGGAUCAUAUUGACCGUGAUCCAUCCACUGUGGAUCUAACCACAGAGAGCCCUGUGCAACUGGCCGCGCUGCUCAAGAAAUUUUUGGGCGACCUGCCUGAACCACUUCUCACAUUCAAACUCCACAAGUUAUUCACUGCCACCCAAAAGUUCUCCAAUGCGGACGAUCGUCGAAGGUACAUGCACCUGGUGUCAAUGAUGUUGCCUAAAUCUCAUCGCGAUACUGCGGAGGUGCUAUUUGUCUUCCUCAAAUGGGUCGCUUCGUUCUCCCAUGUUGAUUCGGAAACUGGAAGCAAGAUGGAUCUGCAGAACUUGGCUACUGUCAUUGCUCCCACUAUCCUUUCUGCAAGGAGCAGGGAUCCUGCAAAGGACGAGAUUUUCUUGGCCAUUCGCGUCGUGGCGCACAUUCUGGAACUACAGGAUGAGCUAUACGCCGUCCCCGACGAGUUUAUACCCAUCCUGCACGACAUGGACUACUUUAUGAGCUGUGCUGACCUUCCUCGCAAGGAGAUACUCAAGAAGUGCGAACUAUACUGGAAGCUGAAGCACCCAAAGCCAGGUGCAAAUGGCCUGCCCCCAAGCAAUAGCUAUCGAGAUGGACUUGCCAGGCCGGACCAAUAUCGAGGCGAGUCUCAAACUCGCCUUCUCACUAGGAGAUCGGAUCCUGCCAUGUCUAAUCGGCCAGGGCCACCCCACGUGAACGGAACCAGGACUCCUCAGGCACUUCCACCCCAGUCGCAGCAAGCACCGGCCAAUUAUCCCAAUGAAGUCAUGUCUCAGUCCAUUGGCUCAUGGGUGGAUAUCAAUGCUCCGGAGGGGGUGUAUGGUUCUCCACCCAACGGCCAGCCUAUGCAACAGUCACGGAAUCCCAUUUAUCAGCCCGUUCCCCAGCAAGCUCGACCACCCGACCAACGAUGGAUUCAGCAGGAGAGGCCUUCCACAGGCUCACGACCUACUUCGUAUAUACGAACAGAGCAGUACCCGCAAGGUUACGCUCCAUGA